AGUGAAAGCGGACCGACUACAUCUUCAACGCUGGGGCGGGGUGCGCGGGAGGACGACGCUACCCGUACUAGCAAAUCUGUUGAACAAACAGAGCAGAGUCAGAGACCAGUAGUCGCGCCCAGCAAGCCUAGUGAUAAUCAUUUUAUCCGUCCAGUGUCUGGUGUCAGAACAAAAUCAUCUGUGCCUGUUCC